AAACCGGCGUGGCUGGUCAGUGUCAUGGACAUCGGCGAGUGUGUUGAUGUCUGGGUUGCUGAACUCGCGCAGUUCGUGUGUCUGGGACGUGCGGCAUCUUUCUCCGGUGAACUUCAGUGACCAAGGGAAGCCGCUGCAUUCGUCUGCAGUUCUCCAACAAUGACGCUUCACCGUGGACCACUCUUCCCCACCGACGCCGACUUGUGUUCUACAAAACCCAGAAAAAGCCCGAAGCCUAUAAAAAGAUUUGGGCCUUACAAGGACGUCAAAGAUCUUCUCGAGGUCCACAUUGAUCUGGUGUCAGAAGCCUUCAUUCGCAGUGUUCGGGAGCAGCUUGACAAAUUUCGGGCCGAUGCGGCGUUUUGGGAAAGUGCGACAUGCUACAGUGUGGAGGUCAAGGAGUUGAAUGGCGCUGACGUCGAAGUGCACUUCGACGCGUCCAAGUACGUGUGGGACGAAGAGAGGCGGUUUCUGUUCCACAACCUGGUGUUUCUCACUCAGAAUCACAUGCAGGACUUCGUCAUUGGCCUCGUCAUUGGAAGCGACAAAGAACAAUUGAAGAAGGGCAGUGCAAUCAUCAAACUGAUUCGUGGAGUGGACGCCAAGGGCCGGGGCAAGUUUCUUGAACUGGAUGCUCAGCCGUACCUCAAUCGGAAGUUUACUUUGAUGGAGUCGAGGGCCUUCUACUUCCCCCACCUGCACGUGACAAACGCCUUGCGGAGAGACCUGAAGGACCUGAAGAAUGCCGAAGCGCCGCUCGCCGACUUCCACGACGAGAUUGUGUUCAGCAGAGUUCAGAACCCACCUGAGGGUCCCCUUUAUCUUCAGUCCUUUCGCAAGAUGCGCCUCGAUGCAUCGGAGUCAAAGAGCCUCAAUAAGAAAUUUCAGACUCUCCAGCGAGCCAUGUCUUCCUCCCAACGAAAUGCUCUCAAAAGUGUGUUGACGCACAGGGUGGCUCUUGUGCAGGGGCCACCGGGAACGGGCAAAACAUACGAAGGCUGCAAGAUUGCAGAGUACUUGGUGGAGCUCAAGAAACUGCCUUACGACUUGCUGCCUGGCCCGAUCCUUGUGGUUACUACGACAAAUCACUCAGUGCGUGAAUUCUUGUCGCGCUGUCUUGACUUCUCAGACAAGGUUAUCCACGGAUACUCUCAAAAACACGAUAAAGAAACGUACGGGCCUCUCCAGGACCAGUAUAACAGAGACAUGAGUUCCAGUGAGAGGCUGAAGCUCAUGCGCAGCGCGGACGUACUGUCCAUGACGACCACCCGUGCAGCCUAUAUCCGACCAACAUUGGACUCACUUCACAUCAAAGUCGUUAUAGUUGAAGAGGCAGCCAGAGAAAUGGAGGGUUUCGUUUUGGCAUCUAUUCCUCGGGGUGCUCAGCACUUGAUCCUGUUGGGAGACCACAAGCAGCUGCGUCCCAUCUGCGACAAUGCCCUGGGAUACAGUCACCACCUGACACUGUCCCUCUUCGAGCGGCUCAUCAACAACGGCGUGACGUGCCCCAUGCUGAACGAGCAGCGUCGCAUGCGGCCCGAGAUCGCCGACCUCAUCAGGAGCAUCUACCCCGCCCUGACGGACCACGAGUCCACUCGCAACAGGCCCCCGGUCGAAGGGGUGGACUUGCGAGUGCCCGUGUUCUUCCUUGACCACCAGGAGCGCGAGGUGCAGGAUGGAUCUGGGUUUUACAAUCCCUGGGAAGCAAAGAUGGUUGCCAUGCUGUGCCACUAUCUGCUCGUUCAAGGCCAUCCUGCAGAGGAAAUUACAAUCCUGGCCGCUUACAGGAAACAGAUUGCCUGCAUCUCCAAGGAGAUUGAAGAGAUCAGAGGGACCCGUUUCGGCAUCCGUGUGUGCACCAUCGAUGGAUUUCAGGGCGAGGAAAAUACGAUUAUAAUACUUUCCCUCGUCAGAAGUAAUCCAGAGGGGAAAAUAGGGUUCUUAAGAGAGGACAACAGAACAUGUGUUGCGUUGAGCAGAGCGAAGAAUGGGUUUUUCCUGGUGGGUGACUUGAAGUGUCUGACGGAGUCAGGGUCUGCUGUGUGGAACCAUGUCCUGAAAACUGUGAACACAGGCGGGCCACUGCCCUUGAAGUGCCGCCACGGCAGAACGAUCGGCGGCAAGUCUCCGGCCCACUUCCAAAAGGCUCUGUGCUGCGUCUGCAGAGUGCACGCCGCGGUGCAGAACGCACAGGCGUUUUUAGAUAAGGGCCAAGACCUGGUUGAGAAGACAGAGGAAAGUUUGACUAAGUUAGAAGAUGAACUCGAAACAAGAAAUCCGCAACCUGGAGAUCACGAGACGCGAGAUGGGCUGAAGGGACGACUGGCAUCGUUGAAGAAAAGUGUCAGGAACUGGGGAUACAAGAAGAUGCAAGCGGAAGAAGGGAGCCAACUUGUGGAUGAAUGGUUCAAGGAAGGAUUGAUACAUUGUGAGGAUACUGAUGAGGCACUCCAAGUCAAGAUACUCAAUUUCAGAGGUCUGAAUAGAAUUCCUGCUCCUUCCUCUGGUGACAUGGGCUUGGGGGUUGCGAUUUAUGGGUUCAUGGAUGUUUUAGUUGAACGUUGGAAGCCUACGUGGAAACGUUUGGCACAUGAAAUCAAAAAGUAUUUUAAUUCUACUUAGAUUGUUGACUAAUGGAAAUGGACUGCUGUAACCGGUUAAUUGAAUGAAGCGACUGAAAACUCUUAGAAUAAUUGUACCAUGCAGUAUAGCCUGUAGGUCGGCCGAUCAUCGGGUGGUUUGCAGGGUUCAGGUUGAGCCAAAGAGCAAGAUUCCCUUCUUCCGAGACCUCAGCUCCAUAGUGGUGCUUAGGGUAACUCAAACUCGUGACUUCGACCAUGUCAGUAUGAAUAAAGAAUCAUGUUUUCAAACGGCCACUAUAGCGGCGUCAAUCUCACUCCCGUCAAAUGCUGCGAACUUCUCGACGACCGGCCAUUGUGUAAAAUGUCCUCAGAGGCUGUCGUAAUAAAUCCAUACAACAUACAAAAA